GCCCACUUCGUAGCCCGGAUGAGGAGUAUCGCCAUUACCGCCGAAGCCGCCGUAAGAGCCUGUGGAGGCUGGGAAGCCCGCUGGCCCCACCAUGAGAUUCUUCUCCCGGUUGAUCCUGAUCGUGCUGCUCGUCUUCCCCACCGCGCUACUGCUUGGGGGCGGCCCCGGAGGGUCAGUAGCUGUGGCCCAAGAUGCUACAGAGGAUGAAGAAGCACUGGAAGAUACAAUAAUUGAAGAUGAAGAUGAUGAAGCAGAAAUAGAAGAAGAUGAACCCACAGAUUUGGUAGAAGAAAAAGAAGAGGACCUCUCUGGUGAACCUGAAGCCUCACCAAGUGCAGACACAACUAUCUUAUUUGUAAAAGGAGAAGAUUUCCCAGCAAAUAACAUUGUGAAGUUCCUGGUAGGCUUUACAAACAAGGGUACAGAAGACUUUAUUGUUGAAUCUCUAGAUGCCUCAUUCCGCUAUCCUCAGGAUUACCAGUUUUAUAUCCAGAAUUUCACCGCUCUUCCUCUGAACACCGUAGUGCCACCCCAGAGGCAGGCAACAUUUGAGUACUCUUUCAUCCCUGCAGAGCCCAUGGGUGGGCGUCCAUUUGGUCUAGUCAUCAAUCUGAACUACAAAGAUUUAAAUGGCAAUGUGUUCCAAGAUGCUGUCUUCAAUCAAACAGUUACGAUUAUUGAAAGAGAAGAUGGGUUGGAUGGAGAAACAAUCUUUAUGUACAUGUUCCUUGCUGGACUUGGGCUACUAGUCGUUGUUGGGCUUCAUCAGCUUCUAGAAUCUAGGAAGAGAAAAAGACCAGCCCAGAAAGUAGAAAUGGGUACAUCGAACCAAAAUGAUGUUGAUAUGAGUUGGAUUCCCCAAGAGACUUUGAAUCAAAUCAAUAAAGCUUCUCCAAGGAGGUUGCCCCGGAAACGGGCACAGAAGAGAUCGGUGGGAUCUGAUGAGUAAAUGUUCAUUUGUGCAACAAUUCAAUCUUUACUAAACCUGCCCUAACAUUUUUUGGCCUGAUGGGAAUUAGUGCAGAGAAGCCAUAUCAACAUAUGAGGAAACUACUACUUCUGUUUGGACUGAGUAAUCAGAGCUGUGGCGAUAAUAUUGCUGAAAAUGCACUGCAUAUGUUUUUUCUAAAGUAACAAAUUUGGGUUUUUUAAACCAUUAAAAACUGUGUGUGUGCGUGUGUGUGUGUGUAAGCAGUUGGUCUUACCAGAAUCAUUGUUGUACUACCUGAAAUGUGCCUUUAGAGUGCUAAAUGUAAUGCUAGCAUGUCUGUACCCCACUUGAAAAUUUGUAGUGGUUUUUUUUUUCUUUUCCAGAAAACGUAAUGAAUAAUUGCCUAAUCUUAUUGUGUAAGGAAUUUCUCGUUUUUACUGUCUAUCAUGCCUUGAACUGUACCGCAGAAAAGAAUUUAGCUACUCUGUUCCUCAGAAUAGCUACUAAUUCAGCAGUGAUGGCACAAAUUCUCUGGGUGUUUUUUUAUAUCUGCAACUAGUAUUCUAAAGGCACAAGCAGGAGUAGCUGCUUUUAGCAAUAUAGUAUUUUGUUUUGGUAUUUUGCUGCUGUUUGCUACAACACGCACAUUGGAGAACUUCCUUAUAUAGAUCAAAGAACCCAGAUGAAUUUAUAUCAAUCUGAGAUCUAGCAGCAAAAUUGUGAAGCAUGAGACUAUGUGCUGAACUUGAUAUAUAAAUUCCAACUCUCCAUACCCUUCCUCAUUUUUUAACAAAAAGAAAAUAGCACACUUGUGUGAGCUAAAUUAUUGUGUUGUGUGUCAUUGUUCUGUUGUGUCUGAUCCAAAAGGUGGCUUUGGAAUGAUUUUAGAUCUAUUCAAUAUUUGUGAAUUGGUGAUUUUCCUCCCUUCCCCUUAAUGGAAACUACCAUGACUAGAAAUUUCCUUAUUCUGCAAUUUUGAAUAGAAGAAAUGAACCUCUAAGCCUCUGUGUGAAGUGGGAACUCAAACUGUAGGACACAGAUCAAAAAUGUGUUCCAAAUUUUAAUUUCUGCAGACUCAUAAAACAGAGUUGAAAAAGACCUACAGCAUCUAGGCCAUCCUUCUCAUUUUACAGAUGAGAAAACUGAGGCCAGACAAAGUAACUAAUCUGUAUGAAUACCAAUGAAUAAGUUGAAUUAUACAUGUAUGUGUGUGUGUAUAUAUAUAUAUUCAUGUUAUAUAUUCUAUAGGUAGACAUAGUUGAAUGGUUGGUUUUAUUUUUUCCCUAAAUUGUUGGUUAAUUUUUCCCUAACCUUGUAAGUAGUUUUUGUGCGUGUUUUUGAAGUUUGCAUGUUUUUUUUGGUUUUGGUUUUGUUUUGUUUUUUAGUAAAUCUGUUUUAGAUAGUAGAAAUCGAAAUAUUUAAGAAUUGAACUUCCUAAAUUUUCUUUGAACUCUUCCUAUAUUAUUUGGCCUUUUUUUUUUGUUGUUUUGCUGUAGUCUUCUGUAUAUAUCAGGCAUCAUAGGUGUUGUAUGUUUAAGAGUCUUGGUUUGAAGAUAAUUGAUAUUUAGAAAGUUGUCAUUAAGGCCUGUAAUGAAAUUGACAUUUUUGUUAGACUUGAGUAAAGGAAAAACUUUUAAAAGGCUUUUUUCCAUGCCAUGAAGCCAUUUUCUCCUACAUGUCUUUGAAAAAAUGGAAGGCAAGGUGAAGCUAAAGUUUGCUUUAGCUUUUUGCCUUUACCUUUCUUUCUUUUCUCCCCUACCUCUUUUGAAAUCUGCAUUUAACCUGCCAAGAAUAAACAUCUGAGCCAAUGACAUUUGAAUAAUACCUGUAGCAGGUUAAAGGAGGGACUGAUGUUCCUAAAAACCUGUUUUGAUGGUAUACUAUAAACAUAGCAUUCCUAAAAUUCAGAGUGUUUGGGCUGUUAUCUUGGUGUGGAAGACCAAUAGUUUAUUUUAAAACUAUGGUACUUACUAUAAAAAAAAUAGACAUAGCUUGGUUUUUGACAAGCAAUAUCAGUGAGUACUUAGUAGGAACUAACUGUACAAUAAAUGGAAUUAAAUUCCACACAUGGUAUAUUCAAGCACACUUAAUAACAAGUAGCCUAUUUUUAAAAUAACUUUUAAAAAUGUAAAUAUCUGGAUGAGUUUUGUUUGGGGUGUAUCUACUUAAUUUGCAGACCAUGGUUUGAGACCCAAGUGUUGAAUAUGGGUUUUGUGAUUAAUGAUAACUUUUGAAAAUCUUGGUUUCACACAUCUAUAAAAUGGGAUUAAGAUGUUGACCCUUUCCUAUCCCCUAGGGAUGUGAGGAUUAAUGUGUCAGUAAAGCACAGAUUCUCCUCAAAAUAUUUGUCAUGUUAUAUUCUUAUACAGUAAGUGAUUUUCUAAGGUGUUUGCCUACAAUUUGUUGUCCUAGGGAGGGAAAGAAAGUAGGUCUUCAGAGUACUGAAGCCCGAAGAAGAAUAAGGAGUGGGAAUAAAAGCAACUGUAGCAGAAAGAGGAGAAAGACAGAGCUCGAGUGAGAGUUAAAUUCAGAAGUUAGAAAUUUCAAAUUUCAGAAUAAUUGGCUUUGGUACAUAAAGGGGAAGCAUAUUUUAAUACCAAGGGGGAAAUGUUUGGCAAUCACGCCUAAAAAAUAUUUCAGAUGUUAAAUGGGAAAGCUUUUGUAAUGAUCUUAUACAGUGACUUUACUGACACAAAAAGGAUUUACGCUUACCCUUAUUGCCAAGUUCAAAUAGACCUCAAGUGUUCAUAAAUAGGUAAUGUGUAACUCCCCUAGCACCUAACACAGUGCCUUGCACAUAGUAGAUACUUAAUAUUUGUUUAAUUGAAUUAUAGUAGCCAUAAUCAACACCACAUUUGAUAUUGCAUCUUCUUACUCAUACACAUAUGGUUAGAGAAUUAAAUUGAUAUCUGUGUUUAAAAUAGUUGGAAAUAAGACAUCCUUCUCUGAAAUCUCCCUUGUAGAUAAACUCUGGAGGCAGUGUCAGUGUAUAUAUAAAUACAUAUAAUUUUAUAGAUUAAUACAUUUCAUAUACCACAUUUUUUAUUCAGCUUAUUCAUUAUUUUAGUUCUAAAACAAGAUGUUUGCUAAAAUUUAACAACUUCCCAGUUCUACUUGAGGUGUUCCCCAUAUUUGGGGAUAGCCAAAUUAACUGCUUGGUACACCUUUGGCCUAGGGGUAUUAAAACAACAACAAAAACCUUGCCAUCAGCAUGAAUUAAAAGUAUUAGGUUUUAUUUGCUAGAUUGAAUCUCCUAUCAGACUUGUGGAAUCAAAUUUUUUUAAAACUGGAGGCUUGAGCUCAGAGUGUGGUGAAGGGCAAGACGUUUUACAUUUUAAAGCUGAAUCCGACUCAACAUGUUACUUGAUGUCUAAAAAUUAUCCUGCAUUAUGAUCCCUGUUAACUUUGUUAGAUAACAUUUGUAUAGUUUUUAAAAAUUAUUUUUUACUGCUUAGAAUAAUCUGUGGCCUGUUAGCCUAAUUAUAUUUGAAGUUAUAUUUUUUAGGAUUGUUUAACAAUGUAGUACUAAUACUGCAAUAAUACUUGCACCACCUACCUCAUAGGGGUGUUGGAAGGAAAGCACUUUGUAAUCUUAAGGCAGUAUAUAAAUGUGAGUUAUUAUUACUAUCACCUUUCUGGGCUUCAUUUUAUUGUCUAUCCUUUAUAGUACAGUAUUUGGAGCCACUCCCUGAUACUCUGAUAAUAAUAGAUAAGCAUUCUAGAAUUGCCAAGCUUAAGUGGAAGCUGCCUAGGAAUAUUUUGACAUUAGCUCAGAAUCAAACCUUUGAGCACCUUACUGGUACAAAACUAUUUCCCAGGAAUCUGAACAGCCAGAACAACAUUUCAACCAAAUUUUUUGGUGUGUAAUACAUACUGAUAACUUAGUGCUGCCCUUGAGAUACUGCUGCAACAUCAUAGUGUUCAAAGUGAAAACCAUCACAAAAAGAUGAUGUUCAGCAUAGUUUUAGUGCUAAGUUUGUGUUCUAAGUCUUUGAAAAUUGGCUAAGUACAACAGAUAUAGUAACUGAAUCAAAAUAUUCGAUUCCCCUACCAUUAUGGAAAAACAGCACUUGAUCAGACAUUUAAAACCUGUUCCCAGAGAUAGUCCUUUAUACCACCACCUCCCCUACAAUGGUUUUCAAAUACCAUUUGUCUGAAAGAUACAGAAUCCUUAAAUGUAAGCUCUAACUAACUUUAGAACAGUAAGGUCAAACUUAAUAGAAACAGGGGCAACCAAACCAUAUAUAAAAAUCCCUGUAGGCUGCAUAUUAACUUAGAAAACCACACAUGUGUAUUUCUUUUUUUUUUUUUAUUAACACAACACCACAUUACAACCAGAUAAGUACUACAUUUUAAAAUCAGAUUCAAGCUGCACUUGAGAUUGUAUGGACCACGUGUUUGCCACCUCUGCCUUAGAGGAUAUAUAGGCCAUAUUACAAAUGAGUAAACUGAGAGAUGACCUAUCCAAUGUCAACCUGUAUCGGCUCCCUUCAGGUUUAAGUUUUUGUUUCUCUUUUAAUAUUACACAACUUGCAUACAUUCCCAGAUACUCAACAUAAUUUAUUAAGUGUUUGUAAACCAUAUAUCAAAUACAGCGAAGUAUAUAAAGGAAAAAUAUCUGAAUGGGGUGAAUACCUUUUAACAGGCAUCUAUUUAUUGUAGUAUUUUCCAGUUCAUUUGACUAUUUUUGUUAGUUCAUUUAAUUCUAGUCAAGGAUGGCCAAGCAAGCAGAGGUAUGGGUAGAUAUAUGUAUUAAAUAGAAACUUGAUACUGAAAUUUCCAUAAAGGUAAAGGAAGGUCUAUGGCAGAUUAUUUGGUCUAGAAUUAUUAAGAUCCAGUCCACUUAUCACAUACUAUUACUCUCUAAGAUGUUCCUUUCAGACCAAAUUGAGCCAGGCAAAAUCUUUCAGCACCCUUUUCCAGGCAGCUUCCUUUUUAGCUGGAGAAAAAUAUUGUUAACUAUCACUUGCAAAACUAGCACCAUUUAGGAUUGAAUCCUUUGAACUAUUAGUGUGCUAAGUAAUUUUUCACAUUUGAAUGAGUGAUAACUUGGGCAUUUUUGCAUGGACAAAAGUCUUUAACAUAAAAUCAAUAGUGUGGUAACAAAUUCACUAACACGAGGAGAAGGUCUUAAAAAGGAUGCUUACUUAAGUUUUAGGAAGCCUAGGUUCUAAUCCUAGUUCAUACUAAUUAGCUGUGUAAUGCUGGGCAAGUCAUUUAAUCUGGAUCUUCAGUUUCCUUAUCUGUAAAAUGAAAGGGCUGGAUGAGAUGAUUAACUAAAAUUAUAGUUACUACAAACCCUUAAUUUGAUAACAAAUUUGGAAGGUGUAUGUCUUUUAAUAACUAUUGGAAAGAACAACACUUAUUUGGAUAUAUUUAGUUCUGGACUGUUUAAAAGCAGUCAUAAUUCAGUGCAACAUUCACUGAGCAGCUACAGUGUGUAAAGUACUUUGCUGGUAAUGUUUUACAUUUGUGUAGUACUUUUCAAAUGCUUUCUUAUAAAUUACUCAUGCUAUUCCAGUCAAAAGUGGGACACUUUUGAAAGGUACACUUGUAUACACAGACUCCACAAAGCACUUAUUGUGGCUGGCUAGUUUGCUAUUAUCCAGAAUGGAAAACUUCAAGCAGGUGGUCUCCAUGCAUUAGAGAACAGGCUUUAUUCCACUUGAAUUGCUCUCAUGUGCACUUUAUUAUUAGAAUUAUAUGUAAUACAGGGCUUUGCAUUUCAUGUCUCAUUCUAUUUAUAAUUAAGUGACCUUGUUAUGACUAAAAGAACCUGGGCCUGCUUUUUAUCUUGUUCUGCAACCCCGUGGUGCUCUUAUUGCCUCCAUUAAGUAGAGAAUAGGCUGUCAUACCAUUAGCAUUCUACCCAGUGAAGCCAACUACAAAUGAAAUGGGGGGAUAGAGGAGGCACAGCUUAAGGAUAUUAAAUGGCAGUAUGAGUUGGAGUAUUUUACUGAAGACCACUUAAAUGAUUCAACUUCCCAGCAUACCCCCAAUUUAUACUCAAGCUCUGUGCUCACAAUUCUUCUUUGUUUAGCACCCGAUCAUCAAGGUCGUGUGCUCUACUUGCAAUUAAAAUAAACUAAAUCUAAUUUCAAAA